AUGUUUCAAAAUUCUUCCAUUAAUUAUAAUAUACCAAUUUCUAUAGAAUAUGAUGCAAGCAAUAAUGACACCCUUUUUGAGCUAGACAAAAUCUCACAGGCCUUUUGUGGCCCAGAUACAAAAACUUUUUUUGCAGAAGAAUCAUUACUAGAAAUGGAUCCGGAUACACUUUUCCUAACUGCUGAUAAUAGUCUCUUGUUAAACACAAAUGCUGACCCAACCACUAAGCUUGCCUACAAUGGGAUAGGUAGAACUUCCCCAAGACAUUUUUCACCAAACACAACAGACUUGAUGAUAUCAAUGCCAGGCAUACAACUACCAAUUCCAGGUCAUAUGCAAAUGCUUGAUUACAAUGGGAUAGGUGGAACUUCCCCAAGCUCUUUACUAAAUUACAUAACUAUCAUGACAACUUUACCAGUAGAAGUCUAUCAAUCCAAAAUCGCUUUAGGUCAAGGCAUUAUUGACUGUCCACUUAGCAAUACAGAAUUUCAAGAUGAAAAUCAAAUUCUCAUUGAUAAUAACUGUUUAAAAUAUCUUAACAACAAGCAACAUAUAGUAAAAACUUCAAAAGUUCUUGACUUAGAAGUGAAUGAGAACUCUUCUAUGGAAGCCGAUGACUAUGAAAUGGCAUCUGAAACUUUUGAUAUCCCCGUCAAUCUUUCAAAACAAGAUUGUUUGAACAAUAUUUAUGUUGAUAAAUCCUUUUUAAAUGACUCUCUUUUUCAACUUUCUCAUUUCAAGUUUUCUUCUAUUACUAUGGAUUUUUCGGUUGUAUACCCAACAACAUCAGAAUCAAGUUUCAAUGUUCAGUUUGAUCCGCUGGUGGACAACUUUAGCUUCGAGAACGUACUUAAGCAAAACUUGUAUUUUGUUCAUGAAUUUCCAGCAGAUUUUGAAGACAAUCUUUCUUUUUUUGUGAAUUACAAUUGUUCAAAAUUUGCAUUCCACCCUUAUUACCUAACAAUUCGAUGCAUGGAAUACCAAAAGUUAAUCUGGAAAAUUGAACAGCUAGCUUCUUUGGUACAUCCGGGUGAUAUUGAAAAACUUAAUAAUUAUAUUCAAGAAAGGCUACAAAAGUCGGAAGAAUAUCGUAAAAAGUUAGAAGAAGGUUUUAGAUGGAUGUUUUAUUUACAACGUAUGGAUGAACUUUGUGAUGCAGAAAUUAAUGAGGGAAUAUAUGGCAGCUCCUACUUGUCCAUUUUUUAUCAAAUCCAGAAAAUAUUUUUAGACCUUGAUUGCGAUAUUAAUAUCAAGAUUAACGCAUUAGAAAAAGUUACCAGAGAGUUGACAUGUUUAAAAGACUUGUUGGAAAUAAGUAGCGUUCAAGUUGUGGUUUGA